AUGACAAACAAUCAAAACGAAUGCGUUACAUGUAAUAAGAGAAAAAGAACAUAUUCCUGUGAAGGAUGUUCAAAACGAUUUUGUUUUAAGGAUUUAACAGAGCACAAACAGAUAUUAAAUGAUGAAUUAUUUCAUAUUAUUAAUGAUUAUAAUCAAUUUAAACAGAUAUUCAGUGAACAAAAACCGACUUCACAUGAUCUUUCAUUAAUAGAUCAAAUUAAUCAAUGGAGAAGAAAUUCAAUUGAAAAAAUUAGACAAAAAGCAAAUGAUUGCAUAGAAAUUAUCGUUAAAUCUUCACAAACGUUUUUGAAUGAUAUUGAAAAGAAAUUUAAUGAUUUAAAUGAACAACUAAAACAAUUUCAUAGUGACAAUGAAUUUAAUGAGAUUAAUUUGAAUUAUUUGAGAAAUGAAUUAAUAAAAAUUAGAGAAGAAUUAGAUAAUCCAUCAAAGAUUUCUAUUCAACAAGAGUCUCGACCAUUUAUCGAUGAAAUUUCAAUUAUUUCAUCAGAAAAAAAAUCAAACUGCAGCAAAUCGAAACAAAAUGCCACCACUGUGGCUGCUGGAAAUGAAGAGGGACAACAAUUAGAUCAGCUCGAUCGUCCUAAAGAAAUCGUUAUUGAUAAAAACAAAAAUAUUUUCAUUGCUGAUUGGUUGAAUCAUCGUAUUUUUCAUCUGAAACCUAAUCCCAAGGAAGGAAAAAUCAUUGCAGGUGGAAAUGGGCAAGGAAAUCGGAUGGAUCAAUUGAAUAAUCCAACAGAUGUAAUUGUUGAUCAACAAAAUCAGCCCAUCAUCAUUGCUGACCAAGGGAACAGGCGAGUGAUUCGAUGGUUGAAUCAAAGUCAACAAGUUCUCAUUGGCAAUAUUGACUGUCACGGCUUGGCAAUGGACAAAAAUGGAUUUCUUUAUGUUUCUAAUCGUGAGAAGAAUGAAGUGAGACGAUGGAAAAUGGGUGAAUACAAUGAAGGUAUUAUAGUGGCAGGUGGAAAUGGACAAGGAAACCAAUUUAAUCAACUUAAUCGUCCUACUUUUAUCUUUGUUGAUGAAGAUCAAUCUGUUUAUGUAUCAGAUUGGAACAAUCAUCGUGUGAUGAAAUGGAGAAAAGAUGCAAAAGAAGGAACAAUUGUUGCUGGAGGAAAUCUUAAUCAAUUAUCUAAACCUCGAGGAGUAGUUAUUGAUCAUUUCGGUCGCAUCGGCGUGGGAGACCGUGGAAAUCAUCGAGCAAUGCAUUCGUGUGAAGGAAAAGAAGCAGGUGGAACUGUUGUUGGUGAAAAUGGUGCAGGAAAUCAAUCAAAUCAACAGAAUUGUCCCGAUCAUCUAUCUUUUGAUGAUGAUGGAAAUCUUUAUUUUGCUAAACCGGGAAAUGAUCGAAUGCAAAAAAUGAAAAUAAUUUUGUGA